AUGCCACUGCGCGCAUACUGUGUCCCACUGAGCACCCAAGCUGUUCAACCUUCUCUGAAAAUUUCUCGCUGGUGGGAAAGACUCUUUUGGCUUACAGAUUUAGUCGAUAAUCGCACACUGCAAUAUGAGCCCUACAGAUAUGAGAUCCUAGUUCCCAAACCCAAAGGCGAAUCCAACUUUGCUCUUCGAACAGCAACUCUACGAAUGGCCCUCGAUGCUCGUGAUCCUCGGGUCAGCGCCGACUUACCAUCACGGCCCAAUGAAACUGCACACGCGCUGCUGCUCAAUCCACCAUGUCUUUCGCCGAUCCUCUGA